UCGGAAAGGAGCCCGUCAAUGCAGAAUAUGGCACCUUUUCAUCUACAUCUUUCCUCAGAUUAUUAUGCAGAGCGCUCCUCGAGUCAAGUCCCCCAACUAAAUAUAUCUUUAGAAAACCGGACCCUUGAGGACAGGAGCAGUUUAGAUACUUUGAAGGGCUCCCACUUCUUGUCCCUGCAACCUAUUCCUCAAAUUCCAUUCAAUCCAAAUAAUAAAGGUUCCUCACGAAAUUUUGAGGAAUCCAUGCCACAAACUGUAAAACCAAAGAAAGCCAAGCAAUCCUCAUUAGCUCAUUUGGACAAAAGUUCUAAAGAUACCCAUCCAGUGUCGCUAGAUUCCAGGUACCUCAAAAGUGCUGAUAUGGAUGAUGCGGUUGAACUUAGCAUUGCAGCAUCUGAGGCUCUGGCUAUAUCUGACCUUGUUAAGAGCAGUUUUGGUUCUGAAUCUUACUCAUCUUCAGUUAUAUUGAAAAUUGCCCUUAAAGUAAAAAUGGCAAGAAAACAGUGUUGUGUGGACGAAUUUGAUAUUUCUUCUGCUUCGAUUGAGGAAUUCAAUGGGAAUAAUGAUCUCUCUGACUUGGAUGACAAUUCCAUGGCAGAUGCUUUUGAUGAUGUUGGCCUCUGCCCGGUCCAAAUUGUGAAUUCUGGUGUUAUUCCAUGCAGUAAUGCAGGAAUUCUUGAUAAUAAUACUUCACCCUUACAUCCAGAAAGAAAUGUUGGCCAAUGCAAUGAGUUUUUUUAUUCUUCUAAGCAGUCUCUUGUCAAAGAAUGCAGUUCAAAACUGCAGAACACCUGUAGUCCAUGCAAAAAUGAUACUCAUGUUUCCAAUACAUGCUUAUCCAAAAGCCUUGGCAGAUCCGAUGGAGAAAAUGAGAGACCUUCCAUUGAUAUCAAAUCCAAGGGAGAACAUGUGUUUUCCACCAUUCCUUCACAAGGGAGUGUGAUUGGUCCUCAUGUUGAUCGUAUACGAUCAAAUGACUCUCUCUCACAGUCUUUACCUGAAGAGCAUACGGGACUUUGUCCCAAUGAUUCUUGUGGUUCCAGAGGAAUCAUUUGUGGUGCUAAUGAACUCCAAUCAAUAGCAAUGGAUGACUCGGUCAUGGCUACUACAAUUAGAAUAACUUCCAAGGUGAGGAUGUGCAAGCAUUGACUU